AUGACUCCGCCCAUCGGGGUUAACAACUUGACACUGACGGAGGUGGGCCGGGCCGGCGGGCAGAGAGAGCCGGGCCGGCGGGCAGAGAGGGCCGGGCCGGCGGGCAGAGAGAGCCGGGCCGGCGGGCAGAGAGGGCCGGGCCGGCGGGCAGAGAGGGCCGGGCCGGCGGGCAGAGAGGGCCGGGCCGGCGGGCAGAGAGAGCCGGGCCGGCGGGCAGAGAGGGCCGGGCCGGCGGGCAGAGAGAGCCGGGCCGGCGGGCAGAGAGAGCCGGGCCGGCGGGCAGAGAGGGCCGGGCCGGCGGGCAGAGAGGGCCGGGCCGGCGGGCAGAGAGGGCCGGGCCGGCGGGCAGAGAGAGCCGGGCCGGCGGGCAGAGAGGGCCGGGCCGGCGGGCAGAGAGGGCCGGGCCGGCGGGCAGAGAGGGCCGGGCCGGCGGGCAGAGAGAGCCGGGCCGGCGGGCAGAGAGAGCCGGGCCGGCGGGCAGAGAGAGCCGGGCCGGCGGGCAGAGAGAGCCGGGCAGAGAGGGCCGGGCCGGCGGGCAGAGAGGGCCGGGCCGGCGGGCAGAGAGGGCCGGGCCGGCGGGCAGAGAGAGCCGGGCCGGCGGGCAGAGAGAGCCGGGCCGGCGGGCAGAGAGAGCCGGGCCGGCGGGCAGAGAGGGCCGGGCCGGCGGGCAGAGAGAGAGCCGGGCCGGCGGGCAGAGAGAGCCGGGCCGGCGGGCAGAGAGGGCCGGGCCGGCGGGCAGAGAGGGCCGGGCCGGCGGGCAGAGAGAGCCGGCGACGUGGAGGGAGAUGGAUUGAGCCGUGA